CUUAUGAAUGACUCCAUGAUCAAUACUUGACGCAAGCCCAACUCAGUCCUACCGCCUCCAUCUUGUAUGGAGAGGUACGACUCGACGCUCUCCAUAUAGACAUGUUGAUCAAGAGUGUGCUGUUACUUGUCGGGAUCGCCCUGGGGGCUGAUGCCCAGGCUUAUCUCCCCAUUGGCAAGGAGCACUUCUUGACCGACUCACUGUUGAGAGAGGUGGUGGAUAGGAUGGGACGAGACCUGGCGGAAUCAUACCUUAACACUCCCCUUAUCUCUCGAGUUGACAAGGACCCCGACGACCCUCCCUUCUACUCCAACCCUAACCCGAGCAUCCGAGACCAAGAGUACUUGCAGCACAGUUCCCUCUGGGGACAUCAAUACAUGACGGGAGGAGCUGGUGAGGGAAAGCAGCAUUUGAAGCCAGACGGAGCAAUAUUGAACCAGAAGCAGGUGAAGACGGAUGCAGCCCUUCCAGCGUACUGCAACCCUCCCAACCCCUGCCCUGUCGGAUACACCGCGGAGGACGGAUGUUUGGAAGAGUUCGAGAACACGGCAGCUUUCAGCCGAGAGUACCAGAGUGCUCAGGACUGCAUGUGCGACUCAGAACACAUGUUUGACUGCUCUAACCACGAUCAGCAGAACUCGGAACUCUCUGAAUCUGAGCUCGACCAGUUUGUACAACAGUUCCAGGCAGAAAACCCCCACAAGAAUUUGGUUGCAAAGAAAUUCCACAUGAAGAAGGACAGCAACCCGUUCUUGAGAGGGGACAAGUUGCCUGUUGCAGCAAAGAAGGGACUCAACGUCGUCUACUAACCUCGGCAAGACCCGGCAGACCACGGCUCUCGGAAUCCGACAACUCCCCUAGGGAGGCUUAGUGUCUACAUGUUUUGUUCAUUUCCGCUGUUGUUGUUAUUGUAUUAAUAUUCAUCGUGCUUCGGAAACUGAUCAGUUUGUUGAUUGGCCAUUGAGAAAUUAACAGGCCUAUUCUAUUAUUUCAAAUAUUUUGAAAAAUUCCCCGAUUUGCAAGUACUGUGUGCAUAUCAGUGACAUAUUCAUCGACGGCUAGCACCGCGGGUGCCGCUGAUUAGGCCCAUACAGUAACUUCAGCGCGCAGUUAUUGUGUGAAGCGUCACCGUCGGAGUUACACCGUCGAGGUUCGUAGUAUCCUCGAUAGGUUAGAUGUUUUCAAAAUAUGACUUUGACGAAAGACUUGCACAGUAGUGCCGGUUUUCCAAAAUUACAGGGCAAAAUUGUUUAUUCCGACUGAAGAAUGCGUAGUACUGAGGUGUGAGGCUCGCCUCAACUGCGCUUCCUUCAGACGACGGAGUUUGAUUGUUUUCAACAUUGCUGAAGGGUUUUCACGAAAUCUCUUUUCACUUCUUUACCCAUUCCUCACUUGAACACACCGGUAGUUGUUUGAGAUAUCUCUAUGUUUAGAAUAGAUUCGGUACUAGCUGUUAUGAAUCUAAACACAAAGUUAUGCUUGAACUCAACCGACAUGUGUGGUUGUGUUAACUACUGAAUGGUGUGAAUAAAAUGUUCUACUACCUAGCAAAUUUGUUUUGAUAUUCA